AUGGUGUUGGCCUUCUGGUCCACUCGUAUACUCUUAGGGCUGCGAAAGUAUUUCCAAGAAAAUCGGCGACUAGCAAAAUCUAUAGUAGAGGCCUUGCAAGACUCAAAAUUUGACGAAGAACUGCUCUUCGAUCUGAAAAAGGAGAACCAAGUCUACUUGAACAGGACCAUGUCCCUACUCAUAAAGUAUAUAGUCAAAAGGGAGGUAGAUAACUACAGAUCACGCAGAACAGACGCCAUCAGUCGGAAAAUCUACUCUUCUCUUGUGAUGAAAUUAAUAGAUAUUGCGAAGGAUUUACCGAAAAACUCGAGUGCAGCCAGCCGCAUUGACACAGCUCACAGAUAUUACAUGACCGUUGAGAGCAAGGAUAUGCACGAUCAGAUGGCUGAUGUCCAGGUCUUCCACGCGUGUGCCAGAUUGUAUGACAUUAUGUUUACUGCACCAAGAAUACUCUCACAACUGGGAGCUCUGGAUGACUUAACCCCAAGAAUACUCAUACGAAAACUUAAGGAAAUGGAAAUUAAGCCAGUACAUCUGGGUGUUACUUUACUGAUCCAGUUCCACCUCCGCAACGCGAUAAACUUCGCUCUCCACUCAAAGGCCCUCGAAGUAUUGUCUACAAGACCUCAAGAAGUCGGUCCCCAAGUGAUCGAGCUGCUCAAAGACCUGGCUGCUCGCCUGCUACCAAUAGCUGAACUCGUAGACGUUCAUCUCGCACAUUCUAGUCCAGCUUUCAAAGACACUUGUCCAGCCACUUGGUUGGGUAUUGUUAAUAAUAAAAAUCCUUGA